AGCGGUGCUGGAUGAAAGCAAUCUAUUAGGGUAGGUUAACUUGGUAGGUGCAACCUGCCAGAGUACUCUUGAGAAUCUCGACUUGUCUUUAGCCACCUCAGUUCCUCAUCCUGUGGUCGCCUCAGUCACUCCUGCAUCAGGUUUCUAGAUAAAGGUUUAGCUUCGACCAUAAACCGACGACGAGCAGCUAAGAGCCACCAAACUGCUUUGAAUAAGACCAUCGGAUUUCCAGUCGCAGUAUCCCUCUUACACCGUCUCUUAAACCCUCUACGAAAACAUACACAAGAUGGCGUCCAAUGUCGCUAAGGCGGUCAAGAGCGCCCUGCCCUCCCACCUCAAGCCCGAGUCUGCUGAGACAAAGGGCGAUUCCGAGUUUGCUCCCCGCCACCAUGGCAAGACUCAGUCUCACAUGGCUUUCGAGAAUGCCUCCACAAACAUCGCCGCUGCCCAAAUGCGCAACGCGCUGACUGCGCUGGCAGAGACGGUCACUGACGAGAAGCAAAAGAAUCUGUUUGAGACCGAGAUGGACAACUUCUUCGCGCUCUUCCGCCGUUUUGUUAACGACAAGGCCAAGGGCUCUACAGUCGACUGGGACCGCAUCGCACCACCUGCGCAAGGCCAGGUUGUUGACUACGAUGAACUGGCAAACUCGGAGUCUGUUGAGUUCCUUAGCAAGCUCGCAGUCUUGAAGCUCAACGGUGGUCUUGGUACCUCGAUGGGUUGCGUCGGACCCAAGUCGGUCAUUGAGGUUCGAGAUGGCAUGUCCUUCCUCGACCUCUCAGUCCGCCAGGUCGAGCACCUGAACCGCACAUACGGCACCAACGUCCCGUUCAUCCUGAUGAACUCGUUCAACACUGAUGAGGACACCGCCUCCAUCAUCAAGAAGUACGAGGGACACAACGUUGAUAUCAUGACCUUCAACCAGUCAAGAUAUCCUCGUAUCCUCAAGGACUCUCUCCUGCCCGUCCCAAAGAGCUACGACUCCAACAUCGACGCCUGGUACCCUCCCGGGCACGGUGACGUUUUUGAGUCGCUCUACAACUCUGGAGUUCUUGACAAGCUCAUUGAGCGCGGUAUUGAGUACAUCUUCUUGUCCAACGUGGACAACUUGGGUGCCGUCGUCGACCUCCGCAUCCUUCAGCACAUGGUUGAGACUGGUGCCGAGUACAUCAUGGAGCUUACCAACAAGACCAAGGCCGAUGUCAAGGGUGGUACCAUCAUCGACUACGAGGGCAAGGUCCGCCUCCUCGAAAUCGCUCAGGUCCCCAAGGAGCACGUCAACGAGUUCAAGAGUAUCAAGAAGUUCAGGUACUUCAACACCAACAACAUCUGGAUGAACGUGCAGGCCAUCAAGCGCGUCGUCGAGAACCAUGAGCUGGAGAUGGAGAUCAUUCCCAAUGGAAAGACUAUCCCCGGUGACAAGAAGGGCGAGUCAGACAUUUCUAUCAUCCAGCUCGAGACCGCUGUCGGUGCCGCCAUCCGCCACUUCAACAACGCUCACGGUGUCAACGUGCCCCGUCGCCGCUUCUUGCCCGUCAAGACUUGCUCCGACCUGAUGCUUGUCAAGUCUGACCUCUACACUGUCAAGCACGGCCAACUGCAAAUGAGCGCCGCCCGCUUUGGAGAUGCGCCGCUCAUCAAGCUGGGAACCGAUUUCAAGAAGGUCUCGGACUUCCAGAAGCGCAUCUCUUCUAUCCCCAAGAUGAUCGAGCUCGACCACUUGACCAUCACCGGCGCCGUCAACCUGGGCCGUGGUGUUACCUUCAAGGGUACCGUCAUCAUUGUCGCUACCGAGGGUCAGACCAUCGACAUCCCCCCGGGAUCCAUCCUGGAGAACGUAGUCGUGCAGGGUAGCUUGAGGCUCUUGGAGCACUGAGCCAUAGUGUGGCGGACUAUAGUGCAUACAAUCUCUCAGCUAGUAAUUUAAUGAAUUCUUCUGUUUUUGAUGAUCAACCUGGCCCCCUUGGGCUGAAAGGGGCAAUGCAAGCAAGGGCAAUAAUAGCGUGUUAUGUAUUCGGGAUUGCUUCCAGAGACAAGGCAUAAUGGCGAAGACAAGUUAGGAAAAGCGAAUUAAUUCUCACGGCUCGUAUUCUACUCUUAAGUCAUCUUUGACAUCCAAUUCAGACUCCCGGUACGUUCGAGGUGGGAAGUGUCAAGUACGAUCUCGUUUCUGUGUACUUAGUUCUUUCAAUCUUAUAGAUAAUCAAUCCUCGAAGUGAUUACGUGUUGACCAACAACGAAAAUUGAG